AUGGACGCUAGUCAGGCUGUUCUUGACACUCUCCCCCAGCUGCCAGACGAGGAAGUCGCAGGCACGCGCGCCGUAGUCUUUCCCGACGAUCAUGUCGACAUCCGCGAAGAGAAAAUUCAGCAUGGGCAUGCAAGACCCAGGGGUGUGGAAAUGAAGCGCGAGAUGACCAAGGAAGACAAGGAGCUCGCCGCCGCUGGCUACGAGCACCUUGAAGAGCACAAGAUCAAGAAAGGCGGCAACGACAAGCUCGGCGACGUCGACAUCCAAGAACACCAUUUAUCCUUCCAGGAAUUGGGAUCUGCUCUCGAGACCUCCCUCGACACCAAGGACCCAAGUAGUUCGUAUGGUCUCUCCACUGACGAGGCGAAGAAGAGGCUGGCUCGCGAUGGGCCCAACGUGCUCACGCCUCCCAAGAAAAAGUCGGCCCUCCGGAUGUACAUUGAUCUGCUCUUGACUAUGUUCAACAUUCUUCUGAUCAUCGCCGGCAUUCUCGAGUACAUUCUCCUAGGGAUUGACUUUAAGGAAAACUUUGCCAACACGUACCUCGGCGGUAUCCUCAUUGCGGUCGCAUUUCUCAAUGCUUUCAUCGAGUUCUUCCAAUUGCAGAAGUCCGAGGCCAUUCUUGCAUCUUUCCUGGCAAUGAUCCCCCCCUCCUGCCAUGUUGUGCGCGAUGGUGCAAUUACAUCUGUACCAGCUGCGGAGCUCGUCAAAGGCGAUAUUGUCCUUCUCCGCACCGGUGAUAAAACACCCGCGGACUUGGUGAUCUUCGCUGCGACCGAUAUGAAAGUGGAUAACAGCAACCUCACAGGAGAGUCGGAGGCCCAGGAACGGAUCAGUCUUCCCGACGGAAGCAGAGCGCGACCUGUAGAGGCGGAAAAUCUGGUGUUCAACUCCACUCUCAUUGUGAACGGUGAAGGAUGGGGAGUCGUUGUCCGUACUGGGGACCAUACGCUUAUUGGUCAAAUUGCUGCUCUCACUGGAGGCGAAUCCGGAAACAAGAGUCCAUUGGCUACUGAGAUUGCACGGUUUGUAAUGAUGGUUUCGGCCAUUGCGAUCAUUUUCGCGGUUGUAUUCUUCAUCGUCGGCAUCACCACUGCAUACAAGGGCAAGGCCGCCCAAACUGUCACGUUCGCUGUAUCCAUCCUGGUGGCAUUUGUUCCGGAGGGAUUACCAUCUGUGGUCACACUCCUAUUGUCGAUCGCUGCGAAGCGCAUGGCUGCGCAAAACGUGCUCGUGAAGGACUUGCAAGGCGUCGAGACUCUCGGAUCGGUACUUAUUCUCAGUACUCUUACGAGGAACCAGAUGACGGUGACGAACUUGUGGAGUGGAGAGAAGAUGUACACUGCUUUCCAGGCAUGUGUGGCAUUCAGCAGUUUUUUCGCCGAUCUAACUGUACUGCUUUGGGGGGAAAUGGUUGACAUCGCAGCCUUGAACUCGCGAGUCAAGUUUGACAAGACAGACGUCCCUUUCGACCAAAGGACUAUCUUGGGUGAUGCUACUGAGACUGGCCUCACGAGAUUCGCUGGUCGCCACAUUGCGGACUAUGAUGCGUUGCACAAGAACCACCCAAAGGUAUUCGAAAUCCCCUUCAACUCGUCCAACAAGUGGGCUUUGGUUAUCCUCAACAAGCCUCACGCUAUGGGAAGUCUCACCCUUUACAUCAAGGGUGCGCCAGAGCGAGUUCUUGCCAAGUGCUCUACCUACCUAAAGGACGGUAACAUCGAGCCCAUCACUGACGAUUUCAAGACAGCAUACGAUGAGGCAUACAACUACAUGGCAUCAAGGGGUCACCGUGUUAUCGCAUGCGCCCAGAUGCUUCUACCAGGCGACACCUACGAUGCUUCAUAUCCGUUCAGCAAGAAUGACGGCCAAUACCCGAGCUCAGAGUUUUGCUUCUGUGGUUUAAUCUCUCUCGAAGACCCGCCGAAACAUGGUGUCCGUGAGGCGAUCGGCACUCUUCGUCUUGCAGGUAUCAAGGUCAUGAUGGUUACUGGUGAUCACCCGAAGACUGCGGAGGCAAUUGCUCGCAAGAUCAAUCUGAUCCUGGGUGAUACUAAGGAGACGCUGAGUGCAAAGACCGGUCGACCCAUCGAGGAUAUUUACGAGGACGAAGUUGAUGCCGUUGUCGUUCAUGGUGAUGAAAUCGACGGCCUCCAGGGCUGGCAAUGGGAUCAGAUCUUCACCAAGAAGGAAAUUGUCUUUGCACGUACAUCGCCUCAACAUAAGCUGGAAAUUGUGAAGCAUGCUCAGGCUCUUGGUCACAUCGUUGGGGUUACUGGCGAUGGUGUCAAUGAUUCUCCUGCUCUCAAGAAGGCUGAUCUCGGUAUUGCUAUGAAUAUUUCUGGAUCGGAUGUGUCCAAGGAAGCUGCUAACAUGAUUUUGCUUGAUGACAACUUCGCCUCCACCGUUAAGGGUGUUGCUGAGGGUCGCCAGAUCUUUGUCAAUCUCAAGCGUUCCAUUCAGUACACGAUAUCGCACAGUACUCCUGAAGUUAUCCCUCAGUUGCUUUAUGUCGUUGUGCCCAUUCCCCUGCCACUAUCAGCUAUCUUAAUCUUAGUCAUCGAUCUUGGUUUCGAGCUCUUCGUUGCGCUCUCAUUCGCCUGGGAUAAGCCGGAGACCAAGGAUGGACUCAUGCGCAUGGCCCCACGGAAACCAGUCAAUGAACGUUCGAUCAUAUCCCUCAAGAAGCGCGCGCUCCGGCGUACGAAGACUUUGCAUCGUGAUACUGAGACACAAGAGAUCAUACCUCCGGGUCGGAUAGAGGUGUGGUCUUCGAAGGUGAAGGCGCCGUUCACACGGACGUUCUGGGAAGAUGCUUUGGAGCGGUCAGAGGCCGAAUCGCUUGUCGACGGAAAGCUCCUCAGCUAUUCGUAUCUCGAAGCUGGAGUUAUCGAGAUGCUUGGAGCCCUCGUUGCAUACUUCGUAGUAUUCUACAAGAAUGGAUUCUCUCCCUCCGAUUUGCGCCUCGCGCAGUCUUCGUCGACGACUUACUUCACCACCUCAAGUCCGGACUUCGUGAACAGCAGAGGUCAAGUGAUCGAUGCUUCCCAGCAGGUUGAAGGCCUGGCGAAGGCACAAUCUAUAGUAUACCUUUCGAUCUUUAUCAUCCAAUGUUUCAAUGUCUUUGCUGUCAAGGCGAAAUUCUCUUUCCCCUUCGGCCGGUCAAUCAUUGGAAACUACUACAACUUCGCAGGAAUCCUUGGUGGUGCAUGUCUCGGCAUCUUUAUCAUAUAUACCCCGCCCUUGCACGUUGUCUUUGGUGGCUCAUAUCAUUUGUCGCCGCUUUACUGGCUCAUCCCCGCAGCCUUCGGUGUUUUACUCCUGGGAUGGGCAAGUCUGCGCGUUCUGUUGCUCAGGAAAGGCAUCGAGCAAUCCAGGGUGAAGGACAUCAAGGGCUUGAUGAUGUUCCCCACCAUGAGGACAAUGAGUAUGCGUUCAAAACACUAA